GUUUAAGUUGAAAUUCCUGCGGUACCGUUUGCCGGGGGAGAAGGACGAGAGAUACCCCCUCCUUGACCGGGGCUAUCAGAGCGCCGGAGGCGACAUCAUGGAUCCAAAGGCUUUUGCUAAGCUUUCCAAUAAGCUGUCCAAGGAGAAGAAGAAGAAGGCUGAGGGGCCUUCUAAGCAGAGAGCUGUCGGGGAGAUUUCCCCAAAGCCGGAGGCCACAAGGGGCCCAGAGGGCGUGGGGCCCUUGAAAGAUGCUGAUACAUGCGUUGUUGCCGAAGGCUCCCGAGUCCCGGAGCUAAAACGGAAAAAUGCCGGGAAGGGCACCACGCUCCCGGAGAAGAAGCAGAGGAGGGGGGAUGCCGAACAGAAGGCUCCCUCCGUAGUGAUUAUUGACGACCCCCCAGCCGGCCAACCGUCAGCCUCUGCUCCCCUGGAGGAUCUUGUCGAGGGGGCCUGGCCCCUCGAGACUGUACACUUCCCAAUCAAAAAGGGAACAGCCAUCAUGCAUGGCACCCUCGACCCGAGGGAGUUCUUGAAGGGUGCCACUCCUUCGGUAGAUCGGUCCACCCUCAGCCGGUUUGGGGAUGAAGCCCUCGAACUCAAGGCUCUCCAAGCUUCGGCCACUGCGAGCCUGGCCUUUGGGGAACUGGUCCGUAGGGCGGAGCAGCAUCGCCUUGAGAGGGCUAAAUCCGCCGAGGUGACGAGGAAGCUGGUGGCCAAUAAUACCGAGGCCAUUCGGCAGCUGGCGAAUUUGGAGGAGGCCCUCCGGCAGGCGGAGAAGAAACUGGAGGCAGCCAAGGAGGAAGCCCGGGCGGAGGGGAAAGCUGAAGCCGAGAGGGCCGCUGCUGAGUCCGCCAAGAUAGCCGCCGAGAAGGCUGAGGAGGCUAAAGCGGAAGCUAUCUCUAAGGCCAGGGAAGAGGCGGUGGCGGCUUUUAUUGCUGACGGCUGGAAGGCCGAAGAGCAGAAGCAGUGGGUGGCCUCAGUGGUGGAGGCUUCUGCUGAUGGCUGGGUGAAGGGCCCCGGGGCAAUGUGGCUUGCCCUGAAGGGGAAGAGCUUUUAUGAGGGGGCUCAAUAUUUCACUCAAGCCCUGUUGUACCGGAAGCUGGCCCGACAUCAUGGCGUGGAUCCGAAGGCCUUCGAACCGGCUUCCUAUGGCCUUCCUCCCUUGCUCCCAGAUGUCAGAAUUCCCCUCCCCGAGGGUGAGGAGAGGCAGCUGCUUGAAGAUUCAGAGCUGGCAAGGUGUGACUCUGAUGAAGAAGAGGUCGGGGAUGACGCGGUCUCGAAGCUGAAGGAAGACGUCGCCAGAGAGGCAGAGACUUAGAGUUAUUUCAUGUGUAAACAUUUGCCAUAGUAGGCUUCGGCUUCGGCCAUGUAUUGUAAACCAACAUCUUAUGUACUUGUAUAUUUCGGUGAUGAAUGUUUUGCCUUCG